AUGGUGCUUCCUACUCCGGUCACGGAGCCAGAUGUCGUUGUCCCAACGGCUCUGAGUCCGGACGAUGCUCUCCAGCGCCUCGUGGAGUCGACAUAUACGACCUCGACCCUCGAGUUCUAUCUCAACGGCACCAAGAUCCAGCUCCGUAAUCCCAAUCCCCACUGGACCCUCCUCGACUUUAUCCGCUCCCAGCAUGGCCUCAAAGGCACCAAGCUGGGCUGCGGUGAGGGCGGCUGCGGUGCCUGCACCGUAGUUCUUCAAGUGCCUGAAGCUCGGAACGGUGGACGGAUCCGCCAUCUCGCUGUGAAUGCAUGUCUGUAUCCGCUGGUCGGAGUGGUAGGAAAACAUGUCAUUACAGUCGAGGGUUUGGGGAACGUGAACAAUCCCCAUCCUCUUCAAGAGCGUCUAGCAAAGCUCCAUGGCUCACAAUGCGGCUUCUGUACUCCUGGUAUUGUUAUGUCGCUCUAUGCGAUGAUCCGCAAUGCCUACGACCCACAAUCCGGGAAAUUCAAGCUCUCCGAAGAGGACAUCGAACUCAAAGGCCAUUUGGAUGGAAACCUGUGUCGAUGCACCGGUUACAAACCUAUCCUGCAAGCCGCAAAGACAUUCGUCACCGAAGAUCUCCAGGGUCAGUUGGCGGACGAUUCUGUAGGCACAGCUGUCCCACCAGUGGAACAAAACGGUGUCUCCUAUCUGGAGGCAUCUCUAUCGACGUCCUCUACUGCCAAAGGAUCGUGCGGCCGACCAGGAGGCUGUUGUCGCGACGAUCCUGCAAGAAAAUCCUGUUCUUCAGCUUCCUCUGGCGAGGCAAGCCAAUCAUCCAGCGACGAGGAGACGUCCAUCACAAGUCAAUCAGAUGAGGAUGGAGAGGAAUCAAAGCCUUGGACGAGCACCAAAUCCGUGCCGCAGUUCAACUUUCGCCCGUAUUCGCCAUCUACGGAGUUGAUCUAUCCCCCCGCCUUGCGCAAAUUCGUGCACCUGCCGAUCUGCUAUGGCGAUGAGAACAAGGUCUGGCUUCGGCCGGUCAAGUUGCAGCAGUUGGUCGAAUUACUUGCCGCCUAUCCCUCUGCGAAACUUGUCAGUGGGGCCAGCGAGGUACAGAUCGAGGUUCGUUUCAAGGCGUCAAAUUAUCCAGUCUCGGUUUUUAUCGGUGACAUCGACGAGCUCACGGCCAUAUCGGUGCCGGAAGAUGUGACGACGAUGAAGGAGAUGGUGAUUGGCGGCAAUACGUCCCUGACGGAUAUCGAAGCCGUGUGUUCGGAUUUAUCAUCGAAGCUGGGUCUCCGGGGCUCGGUAUUUGGGGCGAUGGCCAAGGUGCUCAGAUACUUCGCAGGACGUCAGAUCCGGAAUGCUGCGUCACUGGCAGGUAACAUAGCUACUGCCUCGCCGAUCUCAGAUAUGAAUCCUGUGCUCAUGGCGGUGAACGCCACCGUUGUGGCGCUCACCGCAAAGGAAGAGGUCUCUCUACCAAUGGCUUCCAUGUUUCAAGGCUACAGGAAAACGUCCCUGCCUCCUGGGAGUGUCAUAACCCGGAUUCAGAUCCCGAUACCCGCCCCUGGGGUGAUGGAACUCACAAAGUCCUACAAGCAAUCCAAAAGGAAGGAGGAUGACAUUGCAAUCGUCACCGCUGGAUUUCGGGUCAGACUCAACGAAAAAGGUAUUGUGGAAGACGUAUCCUUGGCGUACGGUGGUAUGGCUCCUGUGACGCUGUUGGCUACGGACUGCGCCAAGUUUUUGAUCGGGAAGCAGUGGAAGUCUUCCCAGACACUGCAGGGAGCCCUUAAGACUCUGGAGCAGACAUUCCAGCUUCCGUAUGGGGUUCCUGGAGGCAUGGCCACUUACCGGAGGACGUUGGCUCUGUCCAUGUUCUUCCGCUUCUGGCACGAGGUCAUUGCAGAGAUUAAGCUGGGCGAAGUUGACCCAGGCCUAAUUGAGGAGAUUCACCGUAGCGUGUCGUCCGGCACAAGGGACAAUUAUAAUCCACACGAGCAGAGAGUGGUGGGCAAGCAAAUUCCUCACCUGUCGGGUCUUAAACAUACCACCGGCGAGGCAGAGUAUCUCGACGACAUGCCACAUCACGAUCGCGAGCUUUACGGAGCGCUCGUUCUGUCCCAGAAAGCGCAUGCGAUUAUCAAGUCGGUUGAUUGGAGCCCUGCUCUCAAGCCUGGACUGGCUCUUGGAUAUAUUGACAAGAAUAGCAUAGACCCCGAAAGGAAUAGCUGGGGAAUGAUCAAGGAUGAACCCUGGUUUGCAACAGACAAAGUUUACUCUCAUGGUCAACCGAUUGGGAUGGUGUACGCCGAAACGGCGCUGAAGGCGCAAGAAGCUGCUCGCGCUGUCAGGGUCGAAUACGAAGAGUUGAAGCCGAUCCUGACGAUCGAUGAAGCCAUUGAGGCGAAGAGCUUCUAUCCCUAUGGCAAGGAACUCCGCAAAGGGGCUCCUCCAGAGGAAAUGGCGCAGGUAUUUGCGAAAUGUGAUCGUGUUUUCGAGGGCGUCAGCAGAGUGGGUGGACAGGAACAUUUCUACCUCGAGACGAAUGCUGCCAUGGUCAUUCCUCAUGCGGAGGAUAAUUCGAUGGAAGUUUGGUCUUCUACCCAACACACGAUGGAGAUCCAGGAAACGAUUAGCCGUGUAACUGGCAUACCAAGCAACCGCAUCAACGCCAGGGUCAAGCGGAUGGGCGGCGCGUUUGGAGGGAAAGAGUCGCGGAGUGCUCAGCUUGCGGGAUUACUGGCGAUCGCCGCGAUGAAAGAGCGUCGACCGAUGAGGGCGAUGCUGAAUCGUGAUGAAGACAUGAUAACCACCGGCCAGAGACACCCAAUUAAAUGCCGGUGGAAAGUGGGAGUAAUGAACGACGGUACACUUGUGGCACUAGAAGCGGAUUGUUACAACAACGCCGGUUAUUCGCUCGACAUGAGUGCGUCUGUGAUGGAUCGAUGCAUGACGCACAUCGACAACUGCUACCAGAUUCCCAACGUGCACAUUCGCGGCUGGGUCUGCAAGACCAACACCCACAGCAACACCGCCUUCCGUGGGUUCGGGGCUCCCCAGGCGAUGUUUUUCACUGAAACCUUUAUGAACGCCGUUGCGGAGGGGCUAAAUAUGGAUAUCGACGAGCUGCGAUGGAAAAACCUGUACAAACAGGGGGAUCGAACGCCAUUCUUGCAGAUGAUCGAUGAGGACUGGCACAUUCCCAUGUUGCUGGAGCAGGUGAGAAAGGAGGCUCGGUACGACGAGCGAAAGGCCCAAGUGGCGCAGUUCAAUUCGCGAAACAAGUGGAAGAAACGGGGCAUCUGUCUGAUUCCGACCAAGUUUGGGCUGUCGUUCGCAACGGCAUUGCAUCUCAACCAGGGCGCGGCGUCAGUCAAGAUCUACACCGACGGCACCGUGCUUCUCAACCACGGCGGCACGGAGAUGGGCCAGGGACUCUACACCAAGAUGUGCCAGAUUGCGGCGCAGGAGCUCAAUGUCCCCUUGGAGAAUGUGUAUACUGCAGAUACGUCAUCGUAUCAGACGCCAAAUGCUUCCCCUACGGCUGCCUCGUCGGGCAGCGACCUCAACGGCAUGGCGAUCAAGGACGCGUGCGACCAGCUGAACGAGCGACUGCGCCCGUACUGGGAGAGAUUCGGGCCCAAGGCGGAUUUCAAGGAUAUUGUCCAAGCCGCGUACAAGGACAGGGUGAAUCUCGCUGCGACAGGACACUGGAAAAUGCCGCGGAUUGGGUAUCAAUUUGGGAAUUACGAUCCAGAGACUGUCAAGCCGAUGUACUACUACUUCACUCAGGUAGAAAUAACCAUUUCUUUUUCCGUGUUGAAUUUGGAUAGCGAUCACACGGUGCUGCGCACAGAUAUCAAGAUGGACGUUGGCCGCUCCAUCAACCCGGCGAUCGACUACGGGCAGAUCGAAGGCGCCUUCGUGCAGGGACAGGGGCUGUUCACGAUUGAAGAGUCUCUCUGGACGAACGACGGCAGCGGGCAGCUCGCGACUCGCGGACCGGGGACGUACAAGAUCCCUGGCUUCAGCGACAUUCCGCAGGAGUUCAACGUCAGUUUCCUACAGGGGGUGUCGUGGAAGAGCAUCCGUUCGAUCCAGAGCAGCAAGGGUAUUGGCGAGCCGCCGCUGUUUCUGGGGUCGACGGUGCUGUUCGCAUUGCGGGAGGCGCUGCGCAGCGCGAGGGCAGACAAUGGUGUCACUGAACCUCUGCUCCUGGACUCGCCGGCGACAGCGGAGAGGCUGCGGUUGGCCGUAGGCGAUGCCCUGGUCAAGAUGGCUACUGUCACGCCAAAGCCUGGCGAGAAGCCAUUCUUCCUGACUGUGUCGUAG